AUGAUGCGUUUCCUGCUCCUCUUCAGUCGCCAAGGGAAGCUCCGUCUGCAGAAAUGGUACACGCCACUGACCGAGCGAGAGAAGAAAAAGAUUAUCAGGGAUAUGACAACCAUGGUGUUGGCACGGCAACCACGGUCGUGUAAUUUCAUUCAUUGGAAAGACUUGAAAAUUAUUUAUAAAAGGUACGCCAGCUUGUAUUUCUGCUUGGGUGUGGAGCGAGAGGAGAAUGAGCUGUUGGCUCUUGAGGUCAUCCAUCGAUAUGUGGAGCUGCUUGACAAAUACUUUGGCAAUGUGUGUGAAUUGGACAUAAUCUUUAACUUUGAGAAAGCCUAUUUUAUCCUCGAUGAAUUUCUAAUUGGUGGAGAAGUUCAAGAAACCUCCAAACAGACGAUAAACCGAUGCAUCGAAAACUCUGACAUGUUGCAAGAGGAUGACAACAAUGAGUGGUAUGAGGUGGAGCUGUUUGGAUGA